AUGAAUUCCCAGGAGGCUUUCCUGCGAGGUCCCUCGAGGUUCUUGCCGACGGGGCCCCAGUUGUGCAUGGUGCAUGUCCCUGCAUUCCACUCCUGCUUGGUUGGGUCUGUGACGGACCGUAGGGACUUUUAUUCGCAGGCCCGUGUCUCUGCAGAGCGGGGCCUCAGCAACGCAAUCGGCCCUGCUGUUCACCUCAGCGAUCUUGCAGGUACCGCAGCUUACGAUGCUUUUCUCCUGAAAGAAGCCUUGCAGAAAAGACGCAAACGGAGGCUCAAAGGUGAUGGUCUCGAAGGAGACAGUCCAAGGUCCAUCCUUGCGGGGCCUCCUUCUUCCGUUCAUGGCACCUUCCUUGCUCUCCUUCAAGGUGAUGCCGGAGGGGUCGAGUAUGCAACAGCAGGUCACGAGGGGCUCCUCCAGACCUUCGGGCUUCUCGACUCUGAGUGGGGCCGUCUCCAGAGCAAACACACUGUCCAUGCGCACGGCCCGUGGGACGGACUCAUAAUCGACGAUUUCUUCGCUCUUUCGCUAGAGUGCGCCUCUUUCCUCCCAGGCUCCGGCCUUUCUGCUUCAGAGGCAAAGCUUCGAGUCGCAAAGGCCGCCUAUGCGUCCGAACAGCUACCAGGCGCGGACGACAAAGACAUCUGGGGCAAGGGACAUUUCAAAGUCGCAGGAGCCGAGAUUGAUUCCAGCGUUGAGUGUGUUCGAGACGGCCUCACGACCAUCGGCUGCCCGGCCAAGAAGAGGCUCGGCCUUGCUGCCCUGUCUAUCCGAGCCGCCUGCUGGCCUCUUCUCUCGUCUGAGCUUUGUUCCAUGUUGGCCGGGUCCUGGGUCUCUUGCUUGCUGUAUCGGCGCUGUCUAAUGUCUUGCCUGGACGGCCUCUUUGCUCUUGGCAAGUCCAUGCCGGACGCCCCUGCGGGUAGUGCAGCUGUGCUCCUUCCUAGAAAAGUGGCAGGGGAGCUCCAGUUGUUAGCUCUUUUGGCGCCUGUCAUGUGCACGAAUGCCUCAGCCAGCCCGGCGGAUUUCAUCUGCAGCACCGACGCCUCUACAGCUAAAGGAGCCUACUGCAGGAAAGCUGUCGAUCCCGAGGCUUCUUUGCAUUGCUGGUUGGCUUCCGACCUAAAAGGCAGGCACAUAAGGCUCACUCACCCAGGCGCGACCUCCGAGGUAGUCCAUGAGGCCCUAGACUUUGCUGCUUCCAGCACUUCCUUGUGUCAGCCAGAAACACAGCGGAUAAAGAAGCCGUUGGCCUGCACCUACGACUUCCUCCAAAUCUGCGGCUCAGGCAGCGUCACACAGCACAUCCGCUCAAGGGGCCUCUGCUCCGGCCCUGUCAUUGACCUGUCCAGGUCAAAGCAAUACGAUCUGAGCCAGAUUCAUGUAGUCGAAUGGGUUUGUUUCCUCCUCCAGGAUGGGAGGCUCAAGUCGGUCCUGCUGGAACCUCCUUGCGCCACUUUCAGGUGCGCCGCUCGUUCGACAUGUCGGUCGUACGACGGAAACUCGCUAGCCUUCGCUGGUUUCAUUAUCUUCUUGGUCGCCGUCCGCACUGGCACGCCUGCCCUUCUUGUGCAGCCUCGGCGCUCGAAGAUGCGGAAAGAACUUGCUCUUCUUGGAAACCUGAUAGAUAUCAGCUUCAUACAAAGAAAGUGCCCCGGACAGCACCAGCACGUUCGUAUCCAGGGUGGACUAGAAAAAGCCACAGCCGUGUCCCAAGACAAAUUUGCCGGUGCUGUCGCAAAGACUUUCGCCAAAGCCAUCUUCAGCAGACCCACGCCCGCAGAGGCUCCCAAGACAGGUCUUGAAAAUGUCGCCAUUAACGACUUGCUUGUUAGUGGUUCAUGGGUCCUAGGAAGGUCCUGGGUUUGGCGCGCCUUGGCAAAAGGUCGGAGCUCAUCCCACCUUCUGAGGCCCGUCUUGUGUCGAGCUGCGGCUUGGCAAGUAGCGGGCGGCAUUUACGCGGGGUACCAUCACGCGCCUACGCGUUUAAACACUGCAGACGAUCCCACGAGGGACAGGACCGUCCGUGAGGCCGCCGGCCUUUCGCUUGUUGCAGUUGCUUCCGACACUUUUCUUUCCAGCCUUCUUGAGCUUGCAAAGCUGAGCGCUCCUGUUGGGGCCUGGUUCCGUCUUGCUUUGCUCCUCAGCUUUAAGGAAGGCCCCCGGCCGCCGCGCCGCGAGUUUGACAGCUCGCUCGGUUACCCUGGUGAGGGCCCCUUGAGCCCCAGAAACCAUCAGGACAGGCAGAGGCAAGGCAGCCGCGCUGGAAGGUCCCUUCCCGAGGGUCGGCCGGUUCUGCUCAGGACCUCCAAUAAUAGGGAUAAGCUGCUCCAUGGUUUUGAUGCAUGGCUUCGAGUCAUCGGAUCAUCUCUGCAGUUCCUGCUAACCACUGAAGCUUCUCCUGCCGAGACAAUCGUGGGAUACCUUUGUCGAUAUGGCCGUGAGCUUUUUGAUGCAGGAAGACCGUACUGGCAUUAUGCUGAGACUAUAAACGCCAUUGCAGCAAAAAGGCCGAGUUUGAGGCGUCAGCUUCAGGGUGCCUGGGACCUCGCUUUUCAGUGGAUGUCUUUGGAGCCGCACACUCACCAUGUCGCGAUGCCGGCUGUAAUCUUGCUUUCGAUGCUCUCGCUGAGUUUGCUUUGGGGUUGGAGGCUCGAAGCUGGCAUUUUUGCCUUGGCGUGGGGCGGCUUGCUUCGGAUAGGUGAGGCAACGGGAUCACUGCGCGCCUCUCUAGUCCUACCACGCGACGUCCUCUUUGCCAACCCCUACGUUUUGUUGAGGAUCGUUGAGCCAAAGACGCGCUUUCGAGCAGCUCGUCAUCAGGCUGCAAAGGUCGACCAGGAGGAUUUGGUGAAAUGCAUUGACAUGGCCUUUGCAUCACUUCCAGCAUCUUCACGUUUAUGGCCGAUGUCGUCGCAAACUUUAAGGCGCAGAUUCGAUUCAAUCCUUGACAGGCUGGGCGUACCGACGGCAAGGAAUCACGCAAGGCCUUUGGACCUUGGAUCGUUUAGGCCCGGCGGAGCUACCCACCAGCUCCAGGUCUCGGAGGAUGCUGAGCUGGUGAGAAGGCGUGGGAGAUGGAUGUCCCACAGGGUCAUGGAGGUUUACCUCCAGGAAGUGAUGUCGUCAGUAUUUUAUCCAAGUCUUCCAGUCCACGUCAGGGAGAAUGUCAUGGAGGCUGCAGUGUCUUUUCCAGCUAUCUUGGAACAAUCCGUACAGUGGACCCGGCAAAAGAUCCCCACCGAAGUAUGGUAUUCCCUUUGGUGCUGUUAA